AUGAUGGAGACAUCUUGUUUUGGCUUGCUGCAGUAUUUGCAAAAACUCAGUGAUAAAGAAUUCCAGAGAUUUAAAGAGCUUCUCAGGAAAGAGCCAAAAAAAUUUAAACUUAAACCUAUCUCCUGGACUAAGAUUAAGAACACAUCCAAAGAAGAUCUGGUAAUGCAACUGAACAAACAUUAUCCGGAAAAGGUAUGGAAUAUUGUGUUGAGCCUGUUUGUACAGGUGAAUCGGGAAGACCUCUCUACCAUGAUUCAGAAAGAAAGGAUAGAUAAAUACACAAAAUACAAAAAGUAUAUGAAGAAUACAUUCCAGCACAUAUGGACAUUGGAGACCAACACUCAUAUAACUGAUAGAAGCUACCACAAAACUAUAGAACUCCAGUACAGAGCAUUGCAGGGCAUAUUUGAUCGUAAGUCAAAGCCAAUCACUGCAGUUGUAUCAGGUUCUAGAGGAGAAGGUAAAACUAUUUUCUUAAGAAAAGUAGUGUUGGAUUGGGCAGCAGGAAAUUUAUUGCAGAACCGAUUUCGGUACGUUUUUUUCUUCUCUGUCUUCACUCUCAACACCACCACAGAGUUCAGCUUAGCUGAGCUUAUCUCAAGUAAUUUGCCUGAGUCUUCAGAGACACUGGAUGACAUUUUAUCAGAUCCAAAAAGAAUCUUGUUUAUCCUGGAAGGAUUUGAUUAUCUGAAAUUUGACUUGGAACUCAGGACAAACUUGUGCAAUGACUGUACGAAGAAGCUGCCAACAGAAAUCGUCUUGAGUAGUUUGUUACAAAAAAUAAUGCUCCAAGAAUGUUCUCUUCUUCUUGAAUUGGGGGACUCAAGUUUAUCAAAAAUUAUUCCUUUGUUGCAGUAUCCAAGAGAGAUAAUGAUUACAGGAUUCCCUGAACAAACUAUAGAAUUCUACUGUGUGUCACACUUCAAUAUCCAGAGAGGCAGAGAAAUCUUUGAGAAUUUAAAAAGAAUUAACACAUUGUUCACUUUAUGCAGCAAUCCUUUAAUGUGCUGGAUGAUUUGUAGUUCUUUAAAGUGGCAGGAUGAGAGCAGAGAAGUAGAAAAAUAUUAUGGUGGAACAGUCGGGCUUCUCUACACAUUAUUUAUGGUGAGUGCAUUUAAAUCAACAUUUGCCAGGACUCAAUCUAAACACAACAGUGACCAAUUAAAGACCCUGUGCACCUUGGCUGUAGAGGGAAUGUGGAAACAGGUGUAUGUGUUUGACUCUGAGGACCUCAGGAGAAAUGGGAUAUCUGAAACAGAUAAGGCAGUGUGGCUGAGAAUGAAUUUUUUCCAGAAUCAAGGUCACAACAUUGUGUUUUAUCAUCAUACACUACAGUGGUAUUUUGCUAUCCUGUUCUAUUUUCUCAAACAAGGCAAAGAGACACAUCACCCAAUUAUUGGAAGUCUACCUCAACUUCUAGGAGAAAUUUAUUCUCAUAAACAGAACCAAUGGUUCCAGACACAGGUAUUAUUGUUUGGAAUGAUCACUGAGCAAGUCGCCUCCUUGCUUGAACCAUGCUUUGGCUUUGUAUCAACAGAAGCGGUAAGGCAGGAAAUCAUUAGAUACAUUAAGAGUCUCAGUCAACAAGAGUGCAAUGAAAAACUAUUACGUACCAGGAAUUUGUUUUUCUGUCUACUCAGCAACCAGGAGGAAAGUUUUGUAACACAAGUGAUGGAUCUAUUUGAAGAAAUUACUGUUGAUAUUUGUAAUGUUGAUGAUUUGUCAGCAACUCAAUACUGUCUACAGCAAGCCUCAAAAUUGAAACAUCUUCACCUGCAUAUACAAAAGAGAGUUUUUUCAGAAAUACAUGAUUCAGAAUGUGGUGACUUAGAAAACUUUAAUCCAUUAAAGAAUAAUGAUGUGUUAUCUCAUUGCAGAAUUGUAGCUACACAUUGGCCUAUGAUCUGCAGUUAUUUACAUAAAUUGUAUGUGUUAGAUCUGGACAGUUGUCAUUUCAGUAGAAAGGCCAUACAGGAUCUCUGUAAUUCAAUGUCUCCAUCUCCUACAGUGCCUCUGACUCAUUUUAAGCUCCAAAGCUUGUGGUGCUCCUUCAUGACUAACUUUGGAGAUGGUUCAUUAUUUCACACUCUUCUUCAGCUACCUCACCUGAAAUACCUGAACUUGUAUGGCACUAAUCUCUCUAAUCAUGUGGUUGAGAUGCUCUGCUCAGCCCUGAGAUGUUCAACAUGCAAAGUGGAGGAGCUAUUGUUGGGAAAAUGUGACAUCUCAAGUGAGGCAUGUGGCAUAAUUGCUACUUCCCUUAUCAACUCUAAGGUGAAACAUCUCUCAUUGGUUGAAAAUCCCUUGAAGAACAAAGGAGUUAUGUCAUUGUGUGAAGUGCUAAAGGACCCAAACUGUGUUCUGGAGUCACUGAUGUUGUCUUACUGCUGUCUCACAUUCAUUGCCUGUGGCAGUCUCUAUGAAGCCCUUUUGAGCAACAAACACCUCUCUCUGCUUGAUCUGGAGUCAAAUUUCCUGGAAGACACUGGAGUGAACCUUCUGUGUGAAGCUUUGAAAGAUCCAAAUUGCACCCUUGAGGAGUUAUGGUUGUCUGGUUGCUAUUUAACUCCAGAGAGCUGUGAAGAGAUCUAUACUGUUUUUACGUGCAAUAAAAAUCUAAAGACCCUAAAACUUGGCAACAAUAGCAUACAAGAUGCUGGUGUCAAACAGUUAUGUGAAGCUCUGUGUCAUCCUAACUGUAAAUUGCAAUGUCUUGGGUUAGACAUGUGUGAGCUUACCAGUGACUGUUGUGAAGACCUGGCCUUGGCUCUCACCACCUGCAACACAUUGAAGAGCUUAAAUCUAGACUGGAAUCUCUUGGAACAUUCUGGGCUGGAGGUGCUCUGUGAUGCUUUGAAUCACAAAGACUGUAACCUGAAGAUGCUUGGGCUGGACAAAUCUUUAUUUCCUGAGAAAUCACAGACAUUACUGCAAGCUGUGGAAAAGGAAAAUAAAAAUCUGAAUGUUGUGCAUUUUCCCUGGAUUGAAGAGGAAUGCCAGAAGAGGGGUGUUCGUCUGGUAUGGAACAGCACAAAUUGA